AUGACAAAAAGUUGGGCAGAAAUCUUUGUCAAACUUUUUAAAUCCUUUUCUCCAUCUGGCUUAUCAUUACCUAAGUUACAUUCAUGGUUAGACCACACAUCUUCCAUUAAAUAUUUUGGUUCACUCAGUGGUCAAACAGCUGAAACAUAUGAAUCACUUCACAAAUCUUCUGUAUAUAGACAAGACAUUUCAACUAUAGUUCAUGAUUCUCUUAAAAAAACUCAGAAUAAACCAAACAAAACAAAUGGUCAUUCUAAAUUGAUAAAACCAACAUCAAAAUUUCUACUUGCUAAUAUUUAUGAUCAUAUAAAUAAACAACAUUUCGAAUCAAAUGAAAUUAUUGAUGGAUUAAAAAAUUUAAUAUCUUGUCUUGAUGUAUAUUUUGAUAUGGAACCAACAGCCAAUAGAAAGACUAUUAACAAACAUACAGAAGUCCAGUUUUUGAAACAGCAAGAUGAUUUAAAAGGUUAUCCAAGUGAUAAUGGAAAUUGCUAUGGAAUGUCUACAAAUUCCAAUUAUUUAAAUGAAGAUUUGGCUUUAAUUCAAUGGUAUGAUUUUAAAUAUAUAGAUGAUGAUCCAAAAAG